GUGACGUCAUGCCCAACGGGAUAGCGGGAACGAAUGUUGAAUAUGUGUGAUUUUCAAUGGUCGCGAGCAGAGGAUAGUGUGUGAUUGAUAGCUUGAGCCUGGCUGUCCUUUGAAUACCAGAGAUGUGCCUGGCUCAUUUGUGAUUAUUUUACAGAUCCUAAUCUCGCAAACCAACACAUCACCGCCAGUGGCAACAAGAAGCCCCCAUGUGAGACCAUGCCAACGACACGUUUCCACAGCUACCAUGGCUGCAACUUAGUGCUGUGUGACAAUAACAUGGUAGCCUACCGCAAGACAAGCUUUGCUCAUGCUCUCGCGUUCUCCGAACAUCCAUUACUGCCAGGGGAAAUAUUUCUGCUGGAAAUAGAACAGAACGAGCGUGGCUGGAGUGGUCACAUGCGUUUAGGACUGACACAGCAUGACCCUUCAGGUCAAUUUCCUCUGCCUCAGUAUGCAUUGCCUGAUUUGGCAAACAUGGGCCACUCCUGGGUGUUUGCUAUUCACAACUCAGAAGUUGAUUCAGAGCAUGCUGGAGGAGGCAGUACAACAUUUGACUGGGUUGAUGGUGGACCUCGUUCUGCACUAGGUACCGGGGACCACAUCUAUACUAGUCGAGGUGUGAUUCCACGCAGCAUGCUUCUUCCAGCAAAGAGGACCCGUAUUGGAGCCAGUUCUGAUGUAGACGAGUCCAGCACAAAUACAAGUCUUCACCGUGGAGGCAGUAGUAGUGGCAGUGAAACUACGAAAGCAAGCAUACUGCCUACAGAUGUAGGAAGUCGUAUUGGAGUCAUGUACGUGGUACGAGGCCAGAUGGCAGACAUGCACUUUGUGAUUAACGGGGAGGACCAGCUAUAUGCAACAGAUAUUCCUUACAAGGAUGCUCCACUCUAUGCUGUUGUUGACGUCUAUGGCACCACCAAACAUGUACGCAUCGUUCAACUUUACGGAGCAGUAACAUCGCUGCAGAGCGCCUGCCGUGAUGCCAUCCUUCAGCACAUCUCCAGUUGUGCAGUGCGAGCGUUACCUCUGCCUCGCAAGCUCAAAGACUACCUCUGCUUUCAUUCACUUAGACCGGUUGGGUGGGAGGUCAAGUCACAAGACUCCUUUCCAGGGAGGUACCAUGCCAAGCAGCCCACGUGGAACUUUCCCGAUCAGGUCUAUGGCCAGUUCGCCCCUGAAUCAGUCACAAAAGAAGUUAAACACGGCAUACUGCAGGAAUCAGUCUGGUUUCUUAUUCUCUCUUUCCUGUACACAGGUACCGGGGACCACAUCUAUACUAGUCGAGGUGUGAUUCCACGCAGCAUGCUUCUUCCAGCAAAGAGGACCCGUAUUGGAGCCAGUUCUGAUGUAGACGAGUCCAGCACAAAUACAAGUCUUCACCGUGGAGGCAGUAGUAGUGGCAGUGAAACUACGAAAGCAAGCAUACUGCCUACAGAUGUAGGAAGUCGUAUUGGAGUCAUGUACGUGGUACGAGGCCAGAUGGCAGACAUGCACUUUGUGAUUAACGGGGAGGACCAGCUAUAUGCAACAGAUAUUCCUUACAAGGAUGCUCCACUCUAUGCUGUUGUUGACGUCUAUGGCACCACCAAACAUGUACGCAUCGUUCAACUUUACGGAGUAACAUCGCUGCAGAGCGCCUGCCGUGAUGCCAUCCUUCAGCACAUCUCCAGUUGUGCAGUGCGAGCGUUACCUCUGCCUCGCAAGCUCAAAGACUACCUCUGCUUUCAUUCACUUAGACCGUAGUGAAAUAACUUAAGACUAGCAAGGACCAGUAUACUUUGUCUGUUCCCUUGAAAAUGUUUCAUGUAAACACGGUUCAUGGUACGAUGGAGAGUCGAAUGAAAAACUUCAAAGUUCAAUAGAAGUGCAAAACACUGCUUGAUUGUUCAGUGAGUCGAGAACAGUCAUAUUCAUGCUGUGAAGAGUGGCUGAGAGGUGCCAGUACAACACAGGAGUGGAACACGAUGGUGCAGCUGUAGUGCAUAUAUUGCAGCUCGACUUAUAACAUGCACGAAAGAGGAACAGCAUUUCUUCCUCGUCGACAAAUGGGAGUUCAGUGUGGUGACUAUUUUAUGCACUGUUACACGGCGACUUUACUUCACAGUGGUUUCUACUGCAGCAAUAGCCUCUGGUGUCGAUAAUCGAUGUGCACGACUUUGUCGAGGGGAGUCUUCUACAGAACUAAAGCUAAAACUUUCUGUUCAUCUCUUACACUUGCUGUGGUGUGUGUACUGUUACUCACUCACUGGACGAUCAAAUUGUGUUUUGAGUUUUCAUUGCACUUUAUUAUUUUAAUUUGACUCUCCCUCACGUAUCUAUGCACCAUGGUCUAAGGGAAGCCAUGUGGAAUACACGUGAGAACCAUUUCCCAAUGUAUCACCACUGUCUAUAAUUAUUGUAUUUGUCUGUGAAGCACUGUAUGUAAGAACAAUAAUUUUAUUCUCAUACCAAAACAACAUUGCCAUGAUUAAAAAGCAGAGCGGUGGU